AUGAAUAGAAAUGGAUAUAGGUUCUAAGUUGAAGCAACUAUCUUGAAUGUAUAAUUAUUGGUACAUAUUCCGUGCAAGAUAUAAGUUGUCAUAAAAUAUGGUACUUUAAAAUUUUUAAUUAUCUUAGAUUCUUAAAAGUUAGAGACUAAGUCCCACUAUGAAUUACAAAAAGGAAUGGCUAUAAUUAAUGAGACUCUUUAAUUUAAUAUAAAUGCAAAUCUUAAUCAGGAUGGAAACUUAGAAGAAAAAAAAGCCUAAUUAAUUGUGAUAUUAGUCACAGAAAAAGGUAUGAAAAAUGCAGGUUUUCAUAGCCUUGACUUUGCUCAAUAUUUUAAUUAAUCAAACACAUGUACAUUAGAUUUCUUUUUAAUAUUUAAUUUAGAAUACCAAGAGACAUUAGCACUAGACAAGUGCCCUGACAAAAAGGCAAAAUUAUUGAUUAACUUUAAAAUUACUAAAAUAGGGGAAUUUGAAAAAGAGUAUAUAUUUAAUUUACAAUAAUAGUAGUGAAACUAAAGAUCAUUUUUAUGAUUUAGCAUAAGUUUCAGUUAGCCCUUCUGGUCUUGAAUCACAUACAAAUUAAAAUUCAAAGGAUGCUUCAGAGUAGAUAUUAUUAUUAUCUGAAAAUAAAAUAGAUGAAUCUGGAUAUAAAUAAUAGAAAUAAGAAAAUUAAUUAAUAAAUAAUAAAGAUAUCCAAAUUAAUGAAUAAAACUUAUAAAUUUAGCAGCUUAAAAGUAAAAUUAAUGACAUGAUUGAAAAACAAAUCCAUGAAAAUAUGAUAAAUAAAUAUGAAUAAUAAUUAUAGGAUCAAGAAAAGAUGUAUAAACAAAUAUAGAAUAAUAACGAAUAAAUUAAUUUAUAAUUAGAAAAUCAAUAACAAAACUUAGAAAAUGAAUAAUCAAAGUAAUCUAUGGUUCAAUAAAUUUAAAACUUUAAUAUAGAAAUAUAGACCUUAUAAAAAUAAAUUUCAGAUAAAAAUUAAUAAAUCUCAGAAUUGAAUCAAAAAAUUGAAAUAUUAGAGAAUUAGUAAUCAAAAUAAAUAGGUUUUAGUUAAACGCUAAUAAAUAAUAACGUAAUAUUUAUUAUUUUAUUAAUAUAGCAGUAAUCUGGCGAAGAGAUUAUAAAUGAAACUGGAAACUUAAUUGAAGAAUUAUAAUCUACUUUAAGAAAUAAAUAAUAGGAUUAUGAAACUUUACAAUAAAAAUAUGAAAUAGAAUUAUAGAAGAAGGAUGAAUUAAUCCAAAAUUUAUAAUUAAGAUUGGAUGAAGUUGAAUUGAAAGAAAUUAAUAUCACUAGAUCAAGUUAUGCAUCAUAGACUUAAAUUAUUUAAUCUGAAAAAUUGAUAUAUGAUACAAAUUUUAAACCUAAAUAAGAAUAAUAAAUAAAUAGAUUAAAAAACCAAAUAUAGAUAUGGCAAUCCAAAUAUGAGAAUAGUCAUAAAGAACUUAGUGAUUUUAAUAAUUAAAUUCAACAUUUGUAAAGAUCAAUUGAUGAUGUACAAAUAUUUUUAGAGGAUCAAGAAGACCUUGUAGAACCUUUAUUUUUACUAAGAAGAGCCAUUUAAGAAAAACUAUAGAAUCAUUAAUUAAUUGAAUAACAUUUAGAGUAGAGAGUCUAAAAAUUAGAAUAGGAAUUAGAAGUGUGUUAGUAUUAAAAGAAAUUGGAAGAAAGUUAAUAAGUAAUCUAAUAUUUAAUAAAAAGUGUUCUGAUUAGAUAUUUGAACCAUAGAUGCAUAUGUUUAUUGAUGAAGUCUCUCACCUCAAUAAAGCCUUACAAUAGUAUGAAAAUUAUAUUAAUUAUUUUAGAAAGGUAGAACAAUUGAGAAUUCUUCAAUAAUAAGUAGAUCAAUACAAGUUGAAAGAUUUAGAACAAUAAAAGUAAUCAGAGGAAACCAAAGUUUAACUUACAAGCUUGAGAACGAAUUUUGCAAAAGUUAAACAAUAAUUAGCAGAAACUAUGUAGGAAAAAGUUAUAUUAUAAGCCAAAAAUGCAGAGUAAUUAAAAGCGUUAAAAGAAAAAAAUUAGGAAAUUCAAAAAGAAUAGGAACUCAUAGCUGAACUUGAACAAUUUAAUAUUUAGAUGGAAGAGGCUCUUUCAUUAACUCUAGAUUAGUAUAAGAUAUAGAAUACAUAAAUGAAAUAAGCCUAUGAAAAAGAAAAAAAGCUUAGAUCAGAAUUAUAAGAGUAAAUUAAAUCUUUGAAGGAAAAUUAAAUAAAGAAUCUUAAAAAUGAGUAACUAAAAAUAGAAGAAAAACAACAAAAAUGUAAUUGCAAAGAUUAGAUUUAAUUUUAUGAGUAAAAGAUAGCAGAAUUAGAAUUUUAAUUAUCAGAUUUCUAAAUUUAAAAAUUAGAUAAAACUAUCCAAAGAAAUAGUAUUGCUUAAAUUAGAACCAGUAUAUUAAUUAAUCAUAGAGAAUCCUUAGCAAUAUAAUAAUUAGAAGAGGCAACAAAUUAACUUAACUUAAUUAAUAGUAAUUAAGGGAAUGAAAAAUUAAAACCUAAGGAAUUAGAAGAUUAAAAUAUAAAUUUAACUGAUGAAAGAUUUAAAAUAUCAAAAGAGUAUUAGACAAUUUUGGAAAAAGCCCUUUAAACAAAUACUUAAAUUGAAAAUAAAUAUAAAAAUUAAGUAAUUGAAUUAGAAGAGAAGAUUGAAAAGUAAACUUAAUGUUUGGUGAGAAUGAAAUUAUAGAUUGCUGAUUUAUAUAGUGCAGCGAUUGAAAUUGGUGGGGCACUUUUGGUAGAUAAAUUGCAUAUAGCAUUAGGGAUCAGAGAAUGA